AUGAAACCUAGCUCUCAGGCCGUUGUGACUGCCACCGAGCCGGCCGCCGUCAUCACGAAGACUACCACCUUUGUGACCACCGACUGCCCGGUGACUUCUUCCACCGUUACUUCCGGAAAGAAGACCAUUACAGUCCCCAUCACUCUGACCAACACCAUCACGGUCACCAGCACCUGGUGUGAGCAGAACGGCAAGACCGUGGUUCCCACUGGCACCGGCACCUCGGUGCCCCCGCCGCCCCCGACGCCUAAGCCGACGGGAUUCAACACCACGGUGGUGCCUAUCCCGGUCACUACCAACAAGACUGCCACUGAGACCGUGUGCCCGACCUGCAUUCACAACUCCACGGUGCCGGCUACCUCGGUGCCCACUGCUCCUUUCCACAACAGCACCGUUCCUGCUCCCCCUGCUACUGCCACUCCUGUUCCCGUGGUUCCUGUGCCUGUUACUCCUGGCCAGCCUUCUGCUCCUAGUGUCCCUGGUACCCCCGCUUCUCCUGUCGCUCCUGGUCAGCCUUCUGCUCCUAGUGUCCCUGGUGUCCCCGCUUCUCCUGGCGCUCCUGGCGCUCCUGGUGCUCCUGGUGCUCCUGGUACCCCCGGUGCUCCUGGUGCUCCUGCCACUCCUGGUGCUCCUGGUGCUUCUGGUGCUCCCGGCGCUCCGGGCGCUCCUGGUGUCCCCGGUGCUCCUGGCGCUUCUGUUGUUCCCGGUGCUCCCGGUGCUCCCGGUGCUCCUGGCGCCCCUGGCGCUUCUGCUGUCCCCGGUGCUCCCGGCGCUGCCGGCACUCCUGCCGCCCCUGCUGCCACUCCUAAGCAGCCUGCUGGCUCUGCCGCUCCUGGUGCCCCCGGUGUCUCUCCUCAGCAGCCCGCUGGCUCUGCCGCUCCUGGUGCCCCUGCUGCCUCUCCCAAGCCCGCUGGCUCUGCCGCCCCUGGCGCUCCUGGUGCCACUGCUCAGCCUUCCGGUGUCUCUCCCGCUCAGCCCUCUGGCUCUCCCAACCAGCCCUUCCUGGGUGCUGCACCGGCUGUCAAGCCCGCUGCUAGCCUCCUGGCUGUUGUCAUGGCGGUCAUGGCCCUCCUCUGA